AUAACAAUCUAAAUCUCUUGAAAUUAAUCAAAGUUCCGGCAAGGAAAAUUCUGCGUGAUAUUGACGAAGUGAAAGAGACCAAAACCAUCAAAGAGCAAGCGCGCCUCUCUCGCCUGCAGCGUCCUCUGCGAUUACAGCUGACAUCAUCAAGAUGUAAAAACGCACAUGUAAUGGUUCAGGUUUACCGACGGGCGUCGGCCAUGCCAUGAACAUGUUUACGUUCCCGCGUUUUUUCGCACCACGUGUAACAAGACGCGUGUGUCACGAUUCGUGAAUUUUGCAUUGAGUCAACAAUAACCGCUCCAGGAUGUUGGAGUCGACCAUCCAGGCGCUGGCGAACGGCAGGACGAUCCUGGCCAGCGGUUCCCCGAGGCGGCACGACAUAAUCAGGCACUUGCGCAUUAAUGCGGAAGUGGUGCCGUCCCUCUACGACGAGAACCUCGACAGAUCCAAGUAUGACGGUCACGGGGAAUACGUUCAGGAUAUCGCCAGGUACAAGGUGCUCGAGGUAUACGAGCGUCUGAAAGCGGACCCGGUACCGCCAUCCUUGAUAAUAGGCGCGGACACCAUGGUGACGAUGGGUGAUGUCAUUUUUGGGAAGCCAAAGAAUGAAGCGGAAGCAUUCCAAAUGUUGUCUAGUCUAGCGAAUAAGCAGCAUGUCGUCUACACUGGUGUGUGUCUGAAAACACCAAAAACUGAUAUCCAGUUUUAUGAAUCUGUCAAAGUAAAGUUCGGAGACAUAUCGGAGAGACAAAUAAGGGAGUACAUUAAAACUGGAGAUCCCAUGGAUAAAGCAGGAGGCUAUGGUAUACAGGGCUUAGGGGCUUGCCUAAUUGAGAAAAUAGAUGGGGAUUAUUAUACCGUAACAGGCCUGCCACUGUACUCGUUGGCUAAACAACUGAACCGAAUGUUCUCCAACGUUUAGCGGGAAUAUCCUAUUGUGCCUGUCAGUACCUGAAACACAACCAUUGUAUCGUCGUGCUUACGUGAAUAAAUUUUAUUACGCUAAAA